AUGGAGAAAUCCUUGCCAGAGUUAAAUAAAGCCAGCUCCCACUCAACAUCAUCGCUGCCACCUGAAACGGUGGACAUCGUUCGCAGCAAGUCAUGUUUCCGAAGAGUCCGGCUGAAUGUUGGGGGUCUCCCACAUGAGGUUUUGUGGCGAACAUUAGAUAGGCAACCACGAACACGUUUGGGAAAGUUAAGAGAUUGCAACAUCCAUGAAUCUCUGAUGGAAGUGUGUGAUGACUAUAACCUCGAGGAGAAUGAGUACUUUUUUGAUCGACAUCCAGGGGCGUUUACGUCAAUUCUGAACUUCUACCGCACGGGUAAGCUGCACAUGAUGGAAGAAAUGUGCGCCCUGUCGUUCAGUCAAGAACUCGACUACUGGGGCAUUGACGAAAUCUACCUGGAGUCGUGUUGCCAGGCGAGGUACCACCAGAAGAAGGAGCAAAUGAAUGAGGAGCUCAAACGAGAGGCCGACAUAAUGGACAGAGAGGGAGAAGAAUUUGACAACAUUUGCUGUGCUGAAAAACGAAAAAAGCUUUGGGACCUCUUGGAAAAGCCCAGCUCAUCUGUUGCAGCAAAGCUCCUGGCCAUUAUCUCCAUCCUCUUCAUUUUGCUUUCCACAAUUGCCUUGUCUCUGAACACCCUCCCAGAGCUGCAGGACACGGAUGAGUUUGGCCAGUCUUCAGACAACCCACAACUGGCGCAUGUGGAAGCUGUGUGUAUUGCCUGGUUUACCAUGGAGUAUCUGCUUCGCUUCGUCUCCUCCCCCAACAAGUGGAAGUUCUUUAAGGGUCCUCUGAAUGUCAUUGACCUGUUGGCCAUCCUGCCAUAUUAUGUCACCAUCUUCUUGACAGAAUCCAACAGGAGUGUACUGCAAUUUCAGAACGUCCGCCGCGUGAUUCAGAUCUUUCGGAUCAUGCGUAUCCUACGUAUUCUGAAGCUGGCUCGUCACUCCACAGGUCUUCAGUCUCUAGGCUUCACUCUUAAGAGGAGUUACAAUGAGCUGGGCCUGCUUAUUCUAUUCCUGGCCAUGGGCAUCAUGAUCUUCUCCAGUCUGGUGUUCUUUGCUGAAAAGGAUGAGGAGGAUACAAAGUUUAAAAGCAUCCCAGCUUCUUUCUGGUGGGCUACUAUUACUAUGACCACAGUAGGUUAUGGAGAUAUUUAUCCAAAAACUCUACUGGGAAAGAUAGUGGGGGGUUUAUGCUGCAUAGCUGGAGUGCUUGUGAUUGCUCUACCAAUUCCUAUUAUUGUAAAUAACUUCUCUGAAUUCUACAAAGAGCAGAAGCGGCAGGAAAAAACACUUAAACGAAGAGAGGCCCUAGAGAGGGCAAAGAAAAAUGGUAGCAUUGUCUCGAUGAACUUGAGAGAAGCAUUUGCUCGUAGUGCAGAACUGAUGGAUGUGGUGGUAGAGAAGAGUGAGAGGCCUCAUGAAAACCAUCUCUCUCCAAGCCAUUGGAAAUGGACACCCAAGAGAGCUGCAUCAGAGACAAGCUCAAACCAUUCCUUCAAUGCCCAGGAGCUAGGCUCUCCCAACAAGUCCCGAGCCACCAGUCCCCAAAGGCUAAAUGUUCAGAAGCUUGAGGAGAUGUACAACCAGAUGGCCAAGACACAAUCCCAGCCAAACCUCAAUGCUAAAGAUAGGGGCUCCAAAAUUGGCCAACAGAGAGAUGAGAUAGAGCUAGGGGCCAUCCAAGAUCACAGGCCACCUGUGAUAGGAGCCAGAGAAGGAGUGGGCGACAUGAAAAGCUUGUCCAGCAUAGACAGCUACAUCAGUUGUGCUACAGACUUCCAGGAGAAUCCACGCUACCCUCAUAGUCAGGCAAUGGAACGUGCUCUCCAGGAAAGCAACCGGUUCUCCCACAGUCCGGCUACAGCUUUCUCCCAGCACGGCAGUACAAAAUCAGGCCAAAAAAACAUCGGGGAGCGUGAGCCUAUUCUGACUCCUGUGUCUAUCACAAAGCCCUCAUGCACGGAGAAUAAACGGAGAUUCUUCUUUUCUGGCAACUCCUCAAAAAGUCAUACCCCCAAAGUAGGCUGUCACGGUGAGGGGGGACCAGGCCUGUCCCCUCUCUCAGACAGCUCAUUCAUGUCAGACCACUCUCUAUUAAGCCCUGACGUCUCUGUCUACACCACUGCCAGCAGCAGAACUCCACCAAAGUCCCCAGAGAGCACUACCCUGGCCGCAACUGUCUUCACCUUUCACGACUCCUCCAUCAGCAAAUACAUCGACGCUGAUACAGAUGAUGACGAGCACCUUCGCGACCUCUCUGAUAUCAGUCCCUCAGAGUGUCUUUUGGCUGGUUCAAGCCCAAAACGGAGCAUCGGCACCAAUUAUCAGAAAGGUUACAACCAUUUAGAAGCAGCACAUAAUAUGCUUGGCCAGAACUGUCUAUUCCCCAUGGAAGGGAUUCGUGGAGUGGCUCAUGAGAAUAAUGUAGGACCCGACAUGACACGAAGACCAAAGGUUGAUAGAGGCCGUCAAAAUACUUUGGAUAAAAGCCUCUGA